GCUGCCCCACAGGACCUGACCGAGGAGGACAGGUCCGCCUUCGUUAAUGUAUUGAAGCCCGGAGCGGCGGCGGGGCAGGCCAACUUACAGACCCUGCCCAAGGUAGCUGUAGAUGCGGCUAAGCAAGCAGGACAAGCCUACGUGGAGGCCGGCAAGGAAGCUCGCAGCACGUUGAAGUCCUUGACGACAGCUUUCCUAAAUAAACCUGGUCCGCCGAUCACUUUGACCGUGGAUCACAUAGUCACAGUGAUCUUUUUCGCAUUAUUGGGCGUCCAGCUCCUGCUUUUGCCCAUUUUCAUGCCGUCCGUCUUCCGCCUGGUCUACAGCCUGCUGUGGGGUCUGCUCGUCGGCCUCGGUCUCAGCUUCAUCUUCUAUUACAACAGGAAAUCGAAAGCGGAAGCGAAUGAGCUGCUGUCGGUGAACCUGGGGCUCAAGGGCUUGUACACGGUAGCCGGCGGACUACCCUCCUGGGUCAACAUGUCGCAGGCCGAGAAGCUCGAGUGGCUAAACAGCCUCAUCGGGGAGGUCUGGCCAUACGUGGAUAAGGGGGUUUGCAACAUGAUUAAGGAGAUCACGGCCAAGACGAUGCCGGGGGUGCUGAAGACACUGCCUGCUGGUCUGGGCGGCAUCGUCAAGAGCAUCGGAUUCAAACACCUUACUUUUGGUGAUGCGCCCUUUCGGGUAGAAUCCAUCUGGGUCAGUCCCGAUGACAAAGAGAGCCUUGUUAUGGAGCUGUCUGUCAAGUGGUGUGGUGACCCCAACAUCACUUUGGCAAUUGAGGUGCCGGGAGGUCAAAAGCUUUGCCCCCGCGUGAUGGACAUCAGCUUCGUGGCUCGAGUGCGGGUGGUGCUCAAUCCGCUGGUGUCCCGCAUACCCGGGUUCGUCGCCCUGAUGGCCACGGUUCCCAAGCCGCCGCUUAUCAAGUACCGACUGGACUUUGGGAAGGCGCUGGGGGGCUCGAUGGUCCCGGCCGCAGUGACCCCCGUCAUCAAUUUUUUCCUGCGGGACAUGAUCACCAAGAUGCUGGUGUGGCCACAGAGACUGGUGGUGCCUGUGUUGCAGGCGACUGAGCAGGACAAGGUGGAGAUUCAGAAGCUGAUGCGGCGGCACCAGGGCGUCUUGCGGGUGUAUGUGAACAGUGCCAGUGAGCUGCGGCCUGACAGCUGGGGCACCAACGAUGUGUUGGUGGAGCUUACCACGGACUCGGAGCACUAUGAGGCGACGAGCAUCCGUCGCGCCAAGCCCGAGCUUGACAACGACGGCAAGGUGAAGGAGCACCUGGGCGAGUCCGUCGCUUGGAGGGAAUGCAUCUACUUGCUCAUCCAGGAGCCCAAGAACCAGCUGCUGCGCUUGGAAUUAUUUGACGUUGACCGGCUCCGCCCCACCAAGCUGCUGACGGGCCAAGUUUCCCAGGUGGUGAAUGGCCGGCAGCUGAUGGGCAGGUCGCUGAUCAAGCUGGCGGAUGUGUGCCAACGGGGAUAUGCCCCCGGACUGACGGCACCUGUGGGGCGCGGAGAGUGGGGCAGCCCGGGGGGUCCGGGCAAGGGUCAGGGAAAAGUGUCGCUCGCAAUGACGUACUGGCCAUUUGAGAAGUUCACGAAGUACGAUGUGGAGAAUGCGAUGACGGGUAUUGUGACGGUGCGUCUUCUCAAGGUGUGGGGUCUGGCAGUGGCGGGUGACCAGGUGUCAGCCUUUGUGCGUAUCACCAGCAGCGCCAAGGGCUCCAAGCCAUGGAGGAGCACUCAGAAGACGUGGACGAAACGAGGACAUAUCCUGAUGCUGAAGCGGGAGAUUGACAUGCUGACCGUCGCCCGCGAGCGGGACCUCCGGGAGGGUCGCCGCAAGGAGGCCGAGCGCAAGACCAGAUACCUGGAGGCGCUGGGUGAUGCAGUCAAGGGAAACAACAAGCGAGCUAGGCUGACGGUGGAGCUGGACUACACGCUGGACAGCAGCGCCAUGCACGCCAUCUACCACGUCAAGCUGACCGACGUGAUCAAGAUCAAGGUGCUAGAGUCCUCCAUGCUCUCCUCCAACGAAUGCCUGGGGAGGCUGGACGUGGCCGUAUCCGACAUCGUGACGGCCAAUGACUUCAACCCGCUGACGGGUCGGCACGAGUUCGGUCUGCACCGGCGGCGGUGGGAGGAAUACAACCCUGAGCAGCCCGACCGCACCAUUGACCAGCUGGAGAGGGGCCUGCUGCUGGAGGAGGGAGAUGGGGCCAGGAUAUGGGUGGAGAUGCGCUGGGUGCCAUGCAUUCAGACCCACGAUAAUGAUAUGAGGUACCUCUAUACCAGGGAGGACUUCAGAGGAGACCUGAUCAUGUUUCAAACCUCUCAUGGCAGCAACAAGAGCAUCCCACAAUCGCCCCAUGGGCUCACCAGAAGCAAUCCCUUGGCCAACGACCAUCUGGAAGGCCAUCUGCUCCCGGCGGGGCUUGACCUCACGUCCUUGCAGUACCUGCUGGACAAUGCCUUUGCCAGCACCACCGGCUCCCACCCGGAGACCCAUGGGUCAUCAGCGUCCCACGGGCUCCUCUUACAGAACAGCCGUGCCGGCACCGCCGGUACCCGCUCACCUGCCGGUCAGCUAACACCCUCCAAUUACCACCAGCAAAAACAACAGCACCAGCACCAGCACCAGCCCGCACCUGUGCACCCCGUCCUGGAUGCCCCCGGGGACGCGCCGGACUUGCGCAACCUUACCUGCGAGCAUCUGGUCCGCCUGUGCCACUCCGAGGACAUCACCUCAGACCUGGCGGGACUGCGCCUGCUGGGCACUGGGCGGCACUCUGUCACUUGUCAGGCUCUGUGGCGAGGUGCGCGUGUGGCCGUCAAGUUCACCUCGAGCGCGUCCCUCCACCCCCACAGCUCCGACAUCAUAAAGCAAGCGCUCGUGGGUAAGGCGCUAGCUCACCCCAAUGUACUGCAGCACUACAGCGUCAGAUGCUGCCGACUCACGGCAGCAGCGCCGGCGGGGGCGGCAGCGGAGGCUCCGCCACCGCUUUUGCAGCAGCAGCAGCAGCAGCAGCAGCAAGGACAGCACACGUCUCAUGCGACUGCACAAGAGGAUGCCAGGGUAACAGCAACUGCUACAACCCCCGCCGUCGCCACUGCUGGAGCAACAGCAGUCGCUACAGCCCCCGCCGUCGCCAGCGGCGGCUGCGGUGGUGACGGUGGCGGUGGCAUCCUAUCCCCCGCCUCUGCUCCGUGCUCCUCCACACGGAUCGCCACGCCGAUGGCGGAUGUUGUCGCAACGACAGUUGUUGCGAUGUCGCCGGAGGCAGCGGCUGCGGCGGCAGGGAUGGCGCUGCAUCACUUGUCUUGCCCCGCCGCUUCGGGUUCGUUGAUACCGUCCGGCGCCGCGGCAACCGAACCGGUUGAGGCCAUCAACCGUGCACGUAACCGCCCAACCGUCGAAGAGCAGGUCUCGGAUCUCUUCAGUGCUUCCUGCGGUGGCAGCGGAGCCAGCGGCAGCGCGGGCGCCGCCAGCAGAGCCGGUGCCCCCAGCCUGAGGAGGAGGAGCGGGCUGCCGCCCCUCCUCCACAUCGACCCCGAACUGCAUGCGUCCGCAAGGGCCGAUGCGGGAAGCAGACGGGUCUUGAAAGCCCCAACGAAACAGCGCUUUGAAACCACGGAGGACCUUGCCACCGCCUCCAGCAGCAACAGGAUUGCGUUCGCUACGGCUGCUACUACUGCAACUGUGGCGGCGGCGGCACUAGAGGGUCUAGCUCGCCAGCGGACCACCGCCGCCGGCACCGCAUCAUCGUCGCCCCCGUAUGGCGGUAGUACGGCAGGUACGGCACAUCAGGGCGCCCUGUCGGCGGGCAGCGGUGCUGUCGUAAAGCCUUUAAACAGUGCGCAUAUUGUCUCCGGGGCUCUGGAGUUGGCUCCAAGCCCGAGCUCGAGCGCUGCAGCCUCUGCUGGCGCUGCCUCUGGUGCCGUUGCAUCAGCUCCACCGCCGACAGCACCGGCGGCGACCGGGGGCACUCUUGUGACUGCUGCGCCAGCGGCGCCCGGCGGCACGGCCAGCCCCCCCGCCAGCCUGUCCUUCAAUUCGUACGAGGGCUUUGGCGACCCGUUCGGCUCCCUGCGCCACGCAUUGAGCCUCGCCCACGUGGCGGCCUUGGUGUCGGCGACUGAGGGGGAGUACCUCACUGCCAUCAUUAUGGAACACGCGGACAAGUCCACUCUGCACAAGGCGGUGGGGAGGGGGCUCUUCCAGUCGAACCGCGUCUGGAAUGGCCGAGUGGCGCUGAGGGCGCUGCUGCGGACGUCUCUGGAGCUCGCCUUUGCGCUGCAGCACCUGCACAUCCGCGGGGUGGUUCACGGGUCGCUGCGGCCCCACAACGUGCUGCUCAAGAGCUCCAACUUGGACCGCAGGGGAUUCAUUGCCAAGGUCUCCAAUUUCAGCUUGGCGCGGGUGUGUCUGGGCGACUACGGCAGUUUGGUGCUCAACCCCCUGCCGGCUGGCAUCCGUUGGGAGGGUGGCUCGGGGGAAGUCUCGUCGGCGGCGGCGGGUGCGGCGGGUGCGGCGGCGGCGGCAGGUGCCGGUGCCGUUGGGCAGCCCUGCGUUGCUAAUGCUAGUACGACCGGCAUCAGAUGGAGCCACGACGGCAGCGCAGUCCACUCGCCGGGUUUGGACGCGGCCGCGCUGCCCUUCUGGGCCCCCGAGCAGCUGCGCGGCGUGGUGGGGAAACCUAGUGACGUCUAUGCCUUUGGAGUGACGCUGUACUACAUGGCAACAAGCAGACUGCCGUACACUGGCAUGACCGCGGAGGAGGUGGUCCAAGGUGUGGCGGCGGGGAACCUGCGACCGCAGUGGCCGGAGGGAGAAGAAGGCAACGGCGGCGACGCGAACGACGGCGGCGUUGGCGGCAGCGCUAGCGCCGCCGCCAAUGCUGCCCUCGACGCUGCCGCUGCCACGGCGGUGCUGCCGGCGCCAGCGUCCUUCCGGGCCCUGUGUGCGCUGUGCUGGCAAGCCGACCCUUGCGCGCGCCCAACCUUCUCACAGAUUUGCGCAAGCCUGCAAGCCAUCGAGUACGAUGUACGGCAGCAACUGCGCAAGCAGGCUGCUGCAACAGGAGGAUCGCCGUCGGAUAGUGGGUCACAGGCCUCCUCAGCGUCAGCUGCUGCUGCGGCGGCGGCGGCGGCACCGCAGGCAGCGGCCGCUGCCACCAUCAUCGCCGCCGCAGCCGCCAAGUGCACUAAGUUCGAGGGCACCCUGGCCUAG